GCCCAAUGGAAGGCUGAAUGGCGGGAGAGGCGGGGCCAGACCCCCCGACGCCGGAGAGCGGCGAGCGCCCGCGGGCCCAGAAGAUGGCGGUCCUGGCACCCUUAAUUGCUCUGGUGUAUUCGGUGCCGCGACUUUCACGAUGGCUGGCCCGACCUUACUAUCUUCUGUCAGCCCUGCUGUCUGCUGCCUUCCUACUCGUGAGGAAGCUGCCCCCGCUCUGCCACACUCUCCCUACGCAACGCGAAGACGGCAACCCGUGUGACUUUGACUGGAGAGAAGUAGAGAUCCUGAUGUUUCUCAGUGCCAUUGUGAUGAUGAAGAACCGCAGAUCCAUCACUGUGGAGCAACAUAUAGGCAACAUCUUCAUGUUUAGUAAAGUGGCCAAUGUACUUCUUUUCUUCCGCCUGGAUAUCCGCAUGGGCCUGCUUUACAUCACACUCUGCAUAGUGUUCCUGAUGACAUGCAAACCUCCCCUGUACAUGGGCCCUGAGUACAUCAAGUACUUCAGUGAUAAAACCAUUGAUGAAGAGCUGGAGCGGGACAAGAGGGUCACGUGGAUAGUGGAAUUCUUUGCCAAUUGGUCCAGUGACUGCCAAUCAUUUGCUCCAAUCUACGCUGACCUCUCCCUCAAGUACAACUGUACGGGGCUAAAUUUUGGGAAGGUGGACGUUGGACGCUACACUGAUGUUAGUACACGGUACAAAGUGAGCACAUCACCCCUCACCAAGCAGCUUCCUACCCUGAUCCUGUUCCAAGGUGGCAAGGAGGUCAUGCGGCGGCCACAGAUUGACAAGAAAGGACGAGCUGUCUCUUGGACUUUCUCUGAGGAGAACGUGAUCCGAGAAUUCAGCUUGAAUGAGCUGUAUCAACGGGCCAAGAAGCUAUCGAAGGCUGGAGAUAGUAUUCCUGAGGAGCAGCCUGUGGCUCCAACCCCCACAGCAGUGCCAGAAGGGGAAAGCAAGAAGAACAAAUAGGUUCCCUGCCUUGCUAGUUAGUGCCUCUCGAUGAUCCCAGGCACCUCUGAGACCCGGCCCCUUCUGUAACCACAAGCCUUGCCUGAGGCCUUGGCCUUUAUUUAUAUUUUCCCUGUUGGCUGUGCCUAGGUGGGGUUGGGUGCUGCUUCUCAUUUUAAAGAAGCAUCCAGGGAAUUAACAGGCACCCUCCGAGAAGGCCUCCACUGCUGUGGCCAACUGUUUCACUGGAGGAAGAGGGAGAGCUCAUGUGAUGGUGAGGAAAUGCUUUCCCCUCCAAGCUUGCAUCAGUGUGUUGAGUGCUGCCCACCACUCAUCUCCAUCGCGCUGUGGUUUCAUUAUUCCUUUGUGGACCUACACAGACUACUUAAAUUAGGUUAAACCUUAACAUAAGAUGCCAGGGUACAGAGUCAGCACUAGGAUUUUCCCGUCAAGGACCUUUACUUCUUUAGGCCCGUUUGGGUGGUCUGUGGCCUUCAUUAAAAAGUAUAAACCUAUUUUGUCGCUGGUCCCAAGGAGAAGCCUUUAAACACAAAGUUUUCUCAUUGAAGACAGUAUUGAAUCUAUUUUAUAGAGGUUGGGAGGAAGGGAAAUAGAAGUUUGAGACCUUCCUUUGUGUGGUGGGCCUGGAGGAGACGCUUCUGGGCAGAAUUGGGGUUUCACUUAACCCUUGUACUGAUUCUCCUCACACCCAGUUGCUAGUUUUCCAUAAUAAAGAGACUAGGAUUUCCUUUUGA